CUGGGGCAGUUGGUUGCAGCGGGUAGGCUGGUGAAUCUAUUAUACUAAGAGAACAGAUAGUCUGACCAGCUAGAGAGCUUCUUCUCUUCUCUUUCCUCCACCCAUCAGCGCCAUCUCUGCCAACACCACCAGCCCUUUUCAACACUUUGCCCCUCCUUUUUUCUGUGUUUUUUUUUAUCCUUUACCUCUCUGCUGAGGUUAAAAGAGACACAGGGGCAGUAGCACUCACAGAAACACAAACAGGAAGGACAGGAGGUGAGUGGAUCUGUGUGGCAGGCUGCAAGCUCCAACUGAAGCAAACACAAGUCGAUGACUGAGAACUCCGCCUCCCAUGAUGGACAAGAAAAGUGCCAACGGCUUUCAGACCAAGGCCAGUGAGGGUGGCAUUCAGAGGAAGCAGCUGCCCUACUCAGUGGAAACGCCCUAUGGCUUCCACCUGGACCUGGACUUCCUUAAGUAUGUUGACGACAUUGAAAAAGGCAAUACCAUCAAAAGGGUCCACAUUCAGCGCAGGGUCAAGGGCCCAGCCAAAUUCAGCACACUGCCCAGAAAUUUCAGCCUUCCUGGGCAUGGGGCCAGGCCUCCCCCGAAGGAAAAGGACAGCACAUGGUCUGGGACGUCCACCUUGGGGCCCAAGCCUAAAUCACGGGUUACAGAGGUCCAACAGAUCUUCGACUUCAGGGCAAGCGAAGGGGGGACUUCCAGCCAAAUCAGUAGGGGGACGACCAGUCAAAGAGCUGGCUAUGUUUCAGCAAAGCCCAGAGAUGAAGUAGGAGCUGGGUCUGAGGAUGUUGAAGAGAAAACUGCAGGGUUUCAAAGCCGUCCGAACCUGCUCCGAGCAUCAAGCAUGCCCGUCACCCUACAACAGAGGAAAGGUUCUGAUUCGAACAGUCCAGACCGGAUUGUGGGAACACCAGAGAGUGGCUCGACGGAGAAUGUUUUUCGCGCUUCACCGGACAUAACAGAGAGACGGUGUGUUCCACAGGAUCGGACAGGGCUUCACCAGCAGAUCACAGUGGCACUGAAGCGGGUCAGAGAGCUGGAAGAGCAGGUCAAAACCAUCCCAGAACUCAAGGCUCAGAUCUGCUCAUUGAGAGAGGAGAGGGAGAAGCUACUGCUUCAGCUCCUAGCCCAGGCCCAAGCCCAGGUUUCCUCAUUAUCCUCUACAAUAGCACCCAAUUCUGAUUCUGGGACGCACACUCAGCCACAACGACACAGACCUUCAGAAGGGCUCAACUUAGCUCUGGUGACUCAAACCACUGGAGAUUUAGAAGGUUCAGAGUGUGCGUCAACAAAGCUAGUAACAGGGAAAGGGAAACAAACAGAGAGGGAGAUAAAUCAAAAAUCUUUGAAGAGUUACUCGGCACAUGGAGAAACAAGUGUUCAAGAAUCGGUGAGAGAAACACGACUGUCAGAUAAAACGGACAUACAAAAAGAGACAUUAGAGAGUACAGUGGAGCAUGCAGUGCAAAAGCUAUCACAGGACAUUGCAGGACAGGAAUUAACAUCACUUAGGGGGGCUAUAAAAGACGCAGAGACCAGCAGUAUUCAAGAUGGUGAUGCAGCAAAAGAAGACAAACUUGAGGACCCAGACAAUAUGCAGAAUCUGCAGGAAAAGCUAAUGCUACUGGAGGCUAAACUUACUCAGGCUAGCCAAGAUCUGGAGAGAACCACAAGUCUUUUGAAAGAACAAAUAGAUGAGAACAAGGAAAAAGAGGAGAAGAUACUACAACUGAGUGAUGGAGUGAGAGUGGAGGUGUGUACACCGGAUGGACAAAACAGGCCAAGAAGAGAGAGUAUUGACACAGGGACAGAGACAGAGAAGGUAGAUUUUGCUCACCAAGAGACAGAGACAGAGUCACUUGGUAAAGUAAAUCAGGGAACAGAUACAGCACAAAUCUGUAUUGAAGUGUGUAUACCCACAUCAGGGGCUGGAAGUAUCGAUCAAGGAAUAGAAACUAAUAAAGUUGACACAAAUGAACAGUUGAUAGAGAUGGAGGCAGAAGAGGCUGCUGUGAGCCCACCAAGACCCAGAGCCAACAGCAUGGAACGGGGCACAGCAACGGAGACGAUCGCCACUCAGGAUCAGAUGACCGAGACGCCCGGAGCAGAAAGGGUAAACCAAGUCACCGAAACCGAGGGUGAGACCGUAACAGACCAUCCACAGAGACCAAGGGCCAGCAGUGUAGACCGGGGGACAGAGACGGAGAGAGUGAACACUGUGGACAGGGUGACAGAGACAGUGGAAGCACAGAGGGCAGAUCAGCAGACUGAGACAGAGGUAGAGAGAUCACUGGGUAACAACCCAGCCAGAGAUGCAGAGGCAGAGAGUCAAGUGAGAGAACGUCCUUGCAGUGAAAGAUUAGAAAAGGUUGGCCGUGUGGUUGGUAACAGAGUGGAGGAUAAGAAAGCAAAUGAAAGAAUUCAAGUAGAUAGUGGAGAAAGUGAAAGUGUGGCCGUAAAAGAGAGUUCAAUUACAGUUCUAGAAAGCAGAGUUGAAGAAACUGUAGUUUCAGAUAUUGAAAGUCAGGACCAGGGGCAUAGCAGUGCACUUGUUGCAGCAGGAGAAAAUACAGAAUCCAAGAUUGAAAUGUUUACUUCGCAGAAUGACUCAGGAACAACAGAAAUUGAACCUCUAAAGAGUGAAGUAAGACAAAUUGUUGAAGCACACCAGAUUGAAAAGGAGACUGUAGAGAGAAAACAAACAGCAGAAGGUGUGAUUGCGUGUGCAUCAUUCACAGAGACUGUGGUCACUGACACAGUUGUAGUAGUAGGAGCAGCAGAGAACGCAGCAGAGAACGCAGCUGUCAAGACUGUGGCUCCUGUACGACCCCAGAGAGGCCGAAAGCUCUCAGCAGAGCAGGCACCGCCAAUAUCUGCUCUAGUUCAGGCUGCUCCCGUGCGUCCUCGUAAGGGAUCUGGUGAAACUCAAGCGCAGCGCUCCCAGCCCCAGACAAAAACACAUCCCAAGGUGCAGGUACAAGUUCCACUUCAGCUUGAGGCCCAAACCCCUAAAAAGCUCUCUGAACCACAGGUAAAACAUCAAGCCUCACGUCCGGCUCAGGUUGAGGAUAGCACCCUAGCAGAGAGGCCUCCUGGGGAGUCUUGUGGGAAACGAUCAAAAUUACAACUACAGACUGAGACUCCAGGCUCCAGUGUUCAAACCCGUACCAAAUCAAUUCAAGCACAGUCUCAAACCACUGCAAGUCGACGGAAUUCUAAAGAACUUAAAGGUGCACACCCUUCGAAUCGAGGGUCAGGAGAAGCCCAGACCCGCCCAACUCGCCAGGGAUCAUUGGAGGCUCAACCUCCAUCUCAGGGCUCUCGCAGAAGUCCCAGUGAGACUCAACAACCUCAAAAAGAUAGCAACCAGACACAGUCACUGCGCAGAGGCUCCAGCGAAACCGCUCAGCGUUCUGGUUCAAGUGAAACCCAGGCCUCACGUCGGGACGCUGGCGAGGCAGAGCCUUCUCGCAGAGGCUCUUGUGAGUCACCAACGUCGCCUGCGGCUUUGGGCCAAGUCGUAACCCGGUUGACAGGGCUUCUGGGCGAGCAGUGGGCACAGCUGGGGAGCAGCUCUGGAACUCAACAGCUGGCCAGUCAGCAGGAAAGCCCCAGCACACAGAAACAGACGGCAGGGAAAAGUGCAGAGGCACCGAAAGGAGCAUCAGCCAAGCCUUCAGGGAAAGUAGUCCCUCCAGCAACAACAGGGAAAUCAGCAGGGAAGGCUGGUCCCUCCAAAAUGAGCUCAAUUCAAAGUCAACUGGUCAGCUCCCUCAGUGUCCUCUCUGCCUUCUACUCACCAAGCCAGAAAGCUGCUGCUGCCAGCAAACAGCAAGAACAAGGUCUCAAAUCAAUUAUGAAGAAAAAUGGUGUUGCUGACAAGCAAGGGAACAAGGGAGCCAAGAAAAACCUGAAGUUUGUUGGGGUGAAUGGAGGCUAUGAGUCGACAUCCAGCGAAGAGUCCAGUGGUGAUGAGAAGUCAAAGGUCGAGGUAGAGGAGGAGGAGGAAGACAGCUCAGAACCAGAGGUCGAGAAGGAAAAGGAGACAGAGCCUCAGCCAGCAGACACGGCUGAGGAGGGAGCAGCGGCGCAGCAGAAGGAUGCAGAGGUCUCCACUGAGGGAGGAGGUGCUGUGGCUGCAGACAAGGAGGGUGAAAUAGGCCUUCUGGAUGUAGAAGGCAGCCAGGAGCUCCUGGAAGAACAGGCUGAAGGGGAGAACGUUGAUCAAGGGUUUAUAGAUGCCUGCCUCUAUGUAAAAGACAGAAUGGAAGAGGUUUCAUCACCAGAUAAAGAAAUGCGUCAGGUUUUAGUGGUGCUCUACCAGGAGUGGUUCAAGAUCUCCAGUCAGAAAGAUUCGCAGGUCGAUACCGUCAGAUUAUACUUGAGACAAGUGGGCUUGACCACGCCCACUCUGCUGCCAUACGUAGUGAACUUGACUGACGGCAAUGGGAAUAUGGCCCUCCACUACAGUGUGUCGCAUUCAAACUUCCCUGUGGUCAAACUGCUGCUGGAUACUGGUCUUUGCGAGACAGACAAUGUGAACAAGGCCGGCUAUACUCCAGUGAUGCUUGCUGCACUGACGGCUGCUGAGAGCUCUGAUGACCUGGAGGUUGCACAACAACUGCUGAGACUGGGUGACGUCAAUGCAUGCUCCAGACAGGCGGGCCAGACGGCACUCAUGCUUGCGGUGAGCCACGGCCGCGUUGCCAUGGUAAAGCUGCUCCUGAGCUGCGGUACGGAUGUAAAUGCCCAGGACCGCGAGGGCUCCACGGCCCUGAUGUGUGCCAGCGAACAUGGACACACAAACAUCGUUCACAUGCUGCUGGAGACGGGUCGUUGUGACACCGGCCUCGUGGACAAGAAUGGACAGACGGCGGUGACGGUGGCAGAGGGCGCCUCCCACCAGGAGAUAGUUGACCUUCUGAAGGCCCGAGCUGAGCCUCGAGCCUCUGAGCCCUCGUGUACAACGGACCUCCUCUGAACCGGGCGCACACUGAUAUCGCCAAACAAACUCCAGAUCGCCAACCUCCAACACUUUCUGCCCACUAACAAAGAGGGAAAAUGAAUGAAAUUAAGUGAAUUAAAGACGCAACGACUCAGUAUGUCCAGUAAAAAAAAGUGGAUAAACUCUGUUAACCGUGGAUCUACAUUCAACCUCGGAGACUGGAGUGUACGCACACAUUUUUCUUCUUCAACAUCUCUGCCAACAUGCUCCGUGGGUGUUUAUGGAUAUGCUGCACUCAGCCACUCAGUGGACAGACAACAGACGAGGCUCGGUCGAUUUGAUGAUAAGGCAUUGCCAUGGUGACAAGCGUGAUUGACAGCAACGUAGGGGACAUUGUGAGAAUUUAAAAGGGCAGCAGGGAAGGACGGACUGGCAAGUGGAUGAAGAGAUGCUCUGGCAAACUGCUGCUUCUUAACAUUUAGCUCUUCAAGCAAAAUACUAAGCACAUUAUCUACCUUUCAAAUAUAUAAUAUUAAAUAUGACAUCAUUUCUAUUUUUUCCCUUCGUUGGCAUUAUUAUUUUCAUAUUUGGACAAUAUUGAGAACACAGUAUAUGUAGAAUGUUAUUCUAACGUAUUAUAAUCAUACACAAACUUUUUUCUACUGCACUUUUUUUAUUGUGUUUGUGUACGUAAAAAGUCCUCUCUAAGAAACUAUUUAUCUCCAAAAGUGUGAAUUCUAAAAAAAAAUGUUAUAGAAUUAUAGAAUAUGUGAAAUUUCCCAUUAUUCAGUGGAUAUUUGACAAUAUUUAUUGUAUUGUUUUUGCCAUAGUAAUGAUGUUUUUCACAUACAGGAUAGGUAUAGGUGAAUUAUUGAAAAACCAAAUGGUUUAGUUGGAGACAAAAUGUUUUCUGUUGGACACAAAAUAAAUUAGUUUUUAUAACCACAACAUAACCAGAUAAAAGAAUGACAAACGUUUUCAAAUAAGAAGAUUGUACAGUUCAGAAGGUGCCGCAUGCCAAUACACAGUUAGUCCCCCUACUGGCUGGCUUAUAAUACUAAACAAACAACAGUAUGUUGUAAUACUGUCUGCUUUCAUGAUUAACAUCUCUCUCUCUGUCUCCCUCUCUCUCUCUCUCUCUCUCUCUCUCUCUCUCUCUCUCUCUCUUCGUCCCUCAGUCCAAAUGUAAUGUAUGUAAUGUUUGCCUGCUCGUUUCCAAUCAAAUCUUGUACGCAACGGCUACAAAAUGCACAAUGAAUGUCAGGCUGGCUAUGAUACAUUCCAAGAAAACAAUGUAGCAAGUCGAACUGCACUGGCAUGGAUCAUGGGACUAACAGAGACAGGAAUGAGUCUUGUAUUGUACCAUGUGCGACUAAAGACACUUAAUCUUGACAACAAAGAUCUGAUCGGCCUGUCUUCAAGUUACUAACACUGGUUCACUCUGUUCAUAUUUCAAAACAAUAUGUUAAAACCAAAAGUAAUUUCAUGGCAACAGUCCGAAAAGAAGCAAUAUCAAUAAAAUACAAACUUUUAAAUCAGCAACAAUAGGGGGAUGGGCUUUGGUCCUGUUUCAAUCAGAUGACCAUAUUACAUUUUAGAGAUACAAGGGAGAGUGGACGUCUUCUUCUGUUUUCCACAAACGCACAUCCAUGUUCCUAAAGAAACUUUAAACAGGAGCACUGGUCUGAUUCAAUGUUUACAACUUAACAGCUCCCCUUCAGUGACCCCUGUAGAAAACCCCAAAAUGUCCAGCAGGUCAGGAAGUUGACAGAAAACAAAGGAUCGAAUAAUUGUAGGGCAUGUGCUCGACACAUGAUGUUGUUGACUAAUCAAUUAGUUGAUUUAAUUGAAAGAUCUGGAAAAAUCCACAAAGACUCGCACAAAAAUCUUUUGUUUUGCAGAGUAUAGUUAUGUCCUUCUCUAGUCAAACAUUCCUCUAGAUGCUUGUUUCCUAGGGCUGCACCCAAUUAGUCAACUUAUCGGUCGUUUUGCUCUUAGUAAGAUUUCUUUAGUUGUUUUUUAUGCUUUUCACAUGUUGAAUGACUUAUUUCCAAGAAUCCUAUGAUGACAACUUCAUCAUGUUUUGAAAGUUGACUUUUAAAUCAAAGCUUGAAAAGGGCUAGUCCAGCAAUUUAGUACGGUGCAUUUUCAUAAUCUGGAAGCAGAAGAGGCUGAGAUAUGCUUAUUUUUAGUCCUUAUUAUGAUUCAAGCUCCACAAACACUGGAUACACUAAUUCCUGCCGGGUAAAUGUCCAUGUCUUUCCAACUUCAUACCUCCAGAUGGUAGCACAGGCUGUUAUGAAUAUUUCUGAUUACUCUGUAGGAAGAUCCCCCAGUGAAGACAUCAACCUGUUCAGUUUCCUGUUCAAUGGGGUUUGCUGGGGUUACUGAAGGUGGAAUUUAAAGGUCAAUACCACUUAUUUUAACAACUGCCAUAUGUGAUCUAUGAAGGUCCAGUCAGAUAACAAGUCACUCUCUAAAGAGGAGAGCUUUUGGUCCAGACAUUGCCAUGCCGACAGUUUCUAGUGCAGUGUCAUCUUACCACUGAUGCUGCACCAGCGCUCUCUUAUUCCCACACACUUUAUUUUAUGGAUGCUAACAUGAGACUAUAUAGAUUCACAUAUAGAAGGUAUCUUGAUUAUAGAGUAGUCUAUACAAGGACUGCAUUUAUUCAACAAUGGGAUGUUUUCAACAGUGGCUUAGUAAUUAGAUCAUCAUUCAUUGAGUCACAGAGGAGCACAGAUUUCCUCAACAGUGAGGCUGCAUUUACACAGGUUCAGAAGUACUUUCUUUGAACUCAGUGCAGCACAUCUGAUCACAUGUGCUCGUCUGUAUAUUGAGGGACGUGCAUUAGAGUCUGUGUAGCUUCCCGUGUGUCAGACAGCUAAAGGAUGAUCCGGUCUGUGCUGUUAUGAAAUAUCUGGUAUAUCUGGUCUUCCGUGCCUGUGUAUUAAGUCUUAAAGUAAAUCACAUCCAUAUGUGUAAUCCAGUGUGACCGCAGAUGUAAUAUGGUGUCAUUACUGGCUCAACACCAAAGAAGUGAAAUCAAAUCAGUUUCACAUGGGGUUGAAUAUAUAUACAGUAUAUAUAUAUAUAUUGUUUCAUUUGUUCCUGUAAAGUAACCGAAAUACAUGUACAUACAGUAUUGUGAAAAAUAUAUACAAGUAUUGUCUGACAGUUUGCUCUAUAAACGAUACAAGUAUUUAUUCCAAAUGCUAUAUUUUUUACCAUAUACAGUAUAGUAUACUUAUGUAUGCAUGGACCAAUAAUCCAGUGAUUGGGAAGGGAAUUUGAAUGAUUGGAAAUGAUGCUGAGUGUUCCCUGAUGAUGUGAUUAUUCAGCUUAUCUUUGAUUGGUUGAGUGGUGUAGUACAUGUGUGAUGUGGACGAGGUUUUGACUGUGUCAUGUGCUCUAUAAUACGACCUUUGACAUUCGUGGGGAAACUAUAAAGCAGAUUUGUCACUGCCCAAAGCUAUACAGGCAACAGGCAUAAGUCUUUGUGCUUGACAGAGUCAAAUGUAAAAACAUGUACCUCUCUGUAAUAUUCCUUGUACAACAGGCUUACAUGUGGCAAACCAGAGAACUACUUCUAAAUAAAUAAAUAUGAAGAAUGAA